GUCACAUGUAAACCGAAUGGCAGGACCAAGCCAUCAUAGCAUCGCUUUGCUAUAGACUCAUAUCUACAGCGAAACGCAGCGGUCUGCAUCACUGUAUAAACCUAUUUUUCACGAAACGGUUUUAUAAGUGGCGCAGUUGUUGUGGUUCUAUUACAUGCUAAGCUAACGGUCUCACCGUGCUAACAACAAGUAGCAACCUGAUUGUGUCGCGGUGUCGCUUCAAUACAACUACGAUGCGUUUAUGGUUGGAUUUCCUCGCAGAAACAGUGCCAUAUGCCGUGUAUCCGGAUAUAAUCCGCUGUAUUUUUCUGAAACCCUGAGCUCCCCCGUUUGGCUCCGAGUUGACGCCAUGUCAGACCUGGACGGUCUCAUCGUGACCUUCCAGAGGCAGCUGUCAGAUGUGCUGGACACGGUGGUCAAGACGGCAAUGUACGAGGUGACCCGGUUGGUGGAGGACAACUUUUUGGAGGAGGUGAAACGUAGAACCCAGCAGGUGGACACCUUGAUGAGACAGCUGAAAAAAGCAAGUGGUCGAGAGGAGGAAGAGCUGGGGACAGCAGAGAUUUUGACAGGCGACUCAAACAAAGAUGGUGCCCCCCUGGAGAAACAGAUGGGCCGUAGAAGAUGUGAGCUUUCAGCUCCCAGCCUUGUUACUGGCUCCAAGGGAGUGGAUUUGAUUCUCGCUGCAAAUGUGAAGACGGAGGAGGAUGAACAGUGGUGUGAUCCCUGUCAUGGUGAAGCCGGUCCCUGUGAGGCCAGAAGAAUCAUGACAGAGGGAAAUCCAGCAGCUGCCCAAUGUGAGAAAAUGACCCCCAGUUGUCGCGACCAAAACCCGCAAAUAUCAUCAACCUUGUCCUCAGUCCAGGAGAACUCACACAAGCCCUCAGAACCAACUCAGGAGAGAAACAUAGGAAGGGAUUUCAGGAUUACUGUAAAACAUGCUGGCAGACUUCAUCACCAGAAUCCUGGAGGUGACUGGGAGGGUGGCCCCCAGGUAAGUCGACCUAAAAAAACAGAGGCUGUGAGCUCUGAAGCAGAAGUUAAGGUUCACAUCAGGAGAGACGCGUCCAAGUCUUCAGACACAAGGCUGCAGAGUACUGACGCGGCAUCUGUGCCGAUCAAAAAGGAGAUGGUUGUGGACCAAGACAGCUGCAAGGACAGUCUGAGUGACCUGCGAAAUACCAAGUCAUCAUGUCCGGUUGAUCAAAUCAGGAUCAGACUAGAUGAACCAAAGCAAUGCCACGAAGUGCAAGACAGGCUGACGCGGCAUACUAAAGUAGCUGCAGGUUUUGAGGUCCAGCAGUAUAAAAAUCCCAGGAAGACCUUCUCCAACAUUGCAGCUCUGUCUCAGUACAGUGUCGUCACCCUAAGCCCUCCAAGAAUUCCAUGCUCCUCUAAACCAUCAUCAACCUCUGCUCUCUCAGGCCAGCCAGUGCAGCUCCAUGACAAACAAACGGGAAUGGUCAACAGAACUGCUGGCCCUUGGGUACUGAACAGAACCCAGAACCUUUUACUACAUACAGACUCUCACUCAAUCCAGAGACAUCCUCUCCGCUGUGGCCAGUGCGGUAAAUGCUUUCCCCACCCGAGUAACCUCAAGGCCCACCUUCGGAUCCACUCGGGUGAGAGACCAUUCUGCUGCUCCCUCUGCGGCCGUGGCUUCACGAAGCUGAGCAACCUCAAAGCUCACCGACGUGUCCACACUGGAGAGAAACCAUACUGCUGCUUGGGAUGUGGCAAACGCUUCACACAGAACUGUAACUUGAAGCGCCAUCAGAGGGUUUGUGGCACGGGGCGUGAAGGAAAUGUUUAAGUGUUGGUCGGCGUUUUAUUCAAAAUGCUAACCAGUCAAAAUGUCUUUGUUUAACUCAUGAUGGUAAAAUGAAGCUUCAUGUUUUAUUCCAUGGCCAUUGUGGCAGGACAUUUCCAGAGCAUUUUAAAUUGAUGUCCAUCUCCUUUGCUCUGUCAAUGAAGCUUCAGUUUGCAAUCUUGACAAUAAGUAUUAACCUCACAUGGCCAAGUCACAUCCAAGUUGUAGAUGAGUUAUUGUAAAACUAUUAGAAGGUUUAUCUUUAAAUGUAAUAUCCACAAAAGUAGAGGUAAAUAAUGUAUUUGAAAAAUUCAUGGGAGUUCACAUUGAAGUACAACUUGGAUGUUGUUACAUUUCAUCUAUGUCUUGCUUAUGAUUGACUAUGGAUUGUGUGGUAAACAUUGCAGGAGUAGCGGCACAACACAUUUGCUAUGAGAAAUUUGGAUACAAAUUUAGAUCAGAACUAAAAUUCGCUUACAUGCAUCUUCACAGAGUCGAAUUGUGUAACUUCCUUUUGACAUGUGGUGGUUUGGUCAUGGUUAUUUAGUUGUGUUGAAGUCAUCUCGAGACACAUGUGACCUCCUGAUGUAGGCCAGUCAUUUAUUCUGUGACUCUUCUGCUAUUCUCUUUUAUUCAGCAUCAUGCUGCACUUGUGAUUUGAAUAAAGCGACUAGGUGGUCUGUCACUUAAGAGUCAACAUGUAGCUUGUUUAAGUAGGUUAUUCAUUUUCACAGUCUUGAAUUGAUGCCUUGAUAAAUGUGUUGAUCUUGUGGUCCUGAUUUGUUUCUUUUACUUUGCAGAAACUAGUUGAA